UUUUGUUUGUUUCUUCCGGUUUGGUUCUGAUGUAACACACGCAAGUACACAAGUACGACAUGUUAAUAAGUUGCCUUUUUUAUCUCUCUGUACAUAGCUGCUGACAUAGACAUAUUCUUCAGUUAAUGUGAUAGCAUUUAGAAAUGUGCUUUUGAACGAGCAGAGUUAGUUCUUCGGGACGCAGUGACAUUUUUUUAAAUAAACUUUAAGUCUAGUGAAUUUAUGUAGUCGGGUUUGCAAUAAGCUGAGGGUUUCACUGCUGGGUGUAAUUAUAAGUUCUUGAAACUUUUCAAAAGGCAGCAUAUGCAUGGCAUAUGUCUAUUUGUAAAAUUAUUUAAAUGCUGAAAACAUCUGUGAAUGACCUCUGUAUAUGCAAAAACGUGGAUGGAUAUGAAUCAUAAUAUGCAAUUCAGUAAAUCUUAGUGGAAAGAUUUAAACUUCAGAAAACGACAAGAAAGCCUUCAUGAACUCAAAGUCCCAAUGAAUGGAUAUCACACACAUUAUAAUACAUAAAGCAGAUGUCAGUGCAUCCUAAAACUGACAUCAAAAAGCAGUUGUCAUACUGAGUGAUCUAAUAUAAUGCUGAGGAUAAAGACACUGCCUCUACUGCAGACACAUAUAUUAUGUUGGCCUUUGGUCCUUCAGAGAGGUCAUCGACUGGCCUCCAUUAAACAUGUGUGUCUGCUCCCUGAGAGGAGGCGUCAGGGUCUUCUGUACCCCUUCAGCGGUCUGGUGGAGCACCUGUCCUCACAGGUCAAUCAGACAGAAUUCAACAUCUUCCAUCCCAGCUUGGAGGAGCUCCGUCAGGCAGAGACACUGUUCACUCCCUCCUCUAAACACGUUAUCGACUACUCAACCUCUGCGGUCCGGAUGGAGCAUGUACCUAUUCUUAAACAGCCAGAGGUGUGUUUUAUGGGCAGGAGUAAUGUGGGGAAGUCGUCUCUCAUCCGUGCCUUGUUCUCUCUUGCACCAGAGGUAGAUGUGCGAGUCUCUAAAACUCCGGGCCACACCAAAAAGCUUAAUUUCUUUACUGUGGGAAAGGCUUUUACUCUUGUAGACAUGCCCGGGUAUGGACACAUGGCCCCACGGGACUUUGUAGAUAUGGUUGAACCAUACCUUCAAGAGCGUCAAAAUCUGGUGAGGACGUUCUUGUUGGUGGAUGGAGGUGCAGGUCUGCAGAAGGCAGAUUUAGUUGCUGUGGAGAUGUGCCAGGAGUUCAAUUUGCCUUUUGUGCUGGUGGUAACAAAAAUAGACAGAACCCGACAGGGCGCUUUAUUGGCUCUUGUUCUACAGCUUCGGGACUUUAUUAAAAAUCAAACCAGCACGUGUUUCCCACAACCAUUUCUUGUGAGUUCAGUCCAGUUCUCUGGGAUUUACCUGCUCAGGUGUUUCAUAGCACACGUAACAGGAAAUCUACAGCUUACCACUCAACAGUUGUGAGUGUACUGCACUGCCUCACCAUAUACAUAUCACAGAUGAAUUUAAGGUCUGGGUGCAAUGUUAUCUGGGAUGGUGUGAAAAAGACCACUUUGAAAAUGAUUAAUUUAAAGCAUUGAAUUGUACAUGCUGAAUCUAUGUAUUAUUUUGCAAAUGCAGAGGCAGGAAUCCCAUUGUUACUGGUUUCAGGAUUCAUGCAGCUCUGUAUAAACUCACUGAAUAAUCCAGGAAUCUAUUGUAUAAUUUUACAACAUGCAUAUUUGAGUUGACUUGUUCCUGUGUGUUGCUGUAUAGUCAACUAGAAUACUUUUUCUUCCAAAUAAAAUGACAUUAAAUGUUGCAUUAAAUC